UUACCAGGGUCGAAGGGCUCUCCCGAUCCGCUUGGAAGGCCCUUGGGAAUAAGACAGGAGGUGGGACACGUAUUGAAACAUUCUGACCAUUUCAGAUGAAAGGGGAAAGACGUGACGCCAUCAUGUUUAUAAAACCCAGUCUAGCAUGUUCAACAGAAGACUGAAGUUUGGUAUAAAAUGCACAUCAAUGCUACAUUUCUGUACCUGUAAAGAGACUGAGUGCGCAGUAAAGGAGAAGAGACACGGAGGAAAGGUGUGUGAAGAGGAUGCUCAGUGCUCUAGGGGCUGGUGCUGUGCUGGAAGCCUGUGGAUCCGAGGUCUCCAGCUCUGCACCCCAUUUGGUCAGCAUGGAGAUGAGUGUCGCCCAUACUUCCCCAAGAUGCUAUGUCUUAGAAAAUGGCACUACAACCCUGUUUGUCCAUGCUUACCAAAACACACAUGCAUGAGAUGGAAAGAAGGAACAUAUCGCUGUACAGAGGACGCUAAAAGAAUGAAGUCAAGUUUCAGAAGAAUGUAAAAUGGGUUUUCUUCACAGUACCUUCCGCAAUAGCGACAGCAGCCGGAUACUUUACUGUUGCGACAAUUAAGUGACCUAACAGAAUGAAUAAAAACUAAAAGAAAGCUACUAUGAAGAUGUGACAAUACUAAAAUAAAUAAAAACACGUGGUGUGUGUGUGUGUGUGCAUAAAGACACAUUUUUUUUGUACUACAUACUGUCAGUAUGUAGUAUGAGGCUUAUUAGUUCAUUAUUCACAUUGAGAUUGUUAUUUAUUACCUUUUCUUCCAACAUAUUAGUAACAGCUUGUGGAAGGGGUGUGGGUAAUUCACUGACCAGGAGACAGACAGGUGUAAUUGAA